UCUGUAAGAGAUGUAGUUCUGGUUUCAUUUAAAUUCAUCGGCACAACGGAAGGGUUUGGAAAAUGCCUAAUUGGGUCGGCCUCGUUAGGCUGCUUCGACGACGGCUAGUUUUGGGAUUGAUUUUUGCCGUUUCUCUGACAUAUUGCGCUUUUUCAUUAUUCCAACAUGAGAGGAAGGAUGUGUUUCUGGACACCGACCUGGACGAUAACGUCCUUAUGAAUGACGACGACGUCGUCGCAGCGGAUGAUGGCGACGAAGAGUCAUUUCAGUCUUCGGGAAAGCCUUUUCUGUGGCAGAUGCAAGCGUUAAACGCAGAAGAAAAUAUAGGCUCGAUAGACGCGGGAAAUCCUCCCAGUUCAAACGACUCGGAUUCGUUCGUUCGCACAUGUCGAAACUCCAUUCAGGGCAAGGCUUUAAUCGUGGAUGAACGUGGAAUGGUUUGCGCGAGACAAGAAGUUCUACCAUCUGGUUGCUGCAGCGAUCAAAAGGAAACCAUAGAUCCUAACUCAGGCCUGCCAAUUACUAGGGAAAGAUACUCGUGUGAGACAUGUAAUGAACAAGGGUGCUGUGCAGUGUACGAGUAUUGUGUUUCGUGCUGUUUACAUCCUGGAAAGGUGAAAGGGAGAAAGGAGUUUCUUCGGGAAGUGGAUCAAGACCAUAACAGGAACCAAAAGAUACAAAGGAUAGAGGACGCGGUUAAGCUGCGUUUACGGAAUCUAGAUCGUUUCCAGAUUUGUCUUGCCGCGUGUCGCACGUCCAGCGCUUCGGUGCGACACGAAAAUACGUACAAGGACCCUCACUCGAAGUAUUGUUACGAUCUACAGCCUCCAGGAAAUCCGUAUUAUCACAGACGUUAUCGUCGAGACCUGGAUUCACUGAAUAAUAACGACGACACGCCUGGCAUUGUCGUUACAUCUUCUUCUGCCGUGCAAUUAUUUUCCCUCUACCUGCAACUUCCUGGAAAAAACUCUUCAUCUGUGAAUUAUCCUUAUCCCCGGAACAACACCUUGUCUUCGCGAAUUCGUCCUGUAUGCGUAGACUUCUCCGUAGACGACCGCUGCUCGUGAACACGUGUACCGAUUUCUGUACAUGUAAUCAGUUUUGUGAGUGUGAUCACUGUUGUGAGGUCGUACGUGUACAAAGAAGUAAAUCGGUGGGUUGAAAUUUUGGCAAAACCGCAGCUUGUGCUAUCAGCCUGCGAAAGGGGAGUUGCAUAUUACCUUAAUCUAGGGGUGUUGAUAAGGGAAGUAAGAACCAAACUCUUCUUGUGUAACAAAUGAUUUUUCAUAAUAUUUACCAUACCGUUAUAAAAAUAUCCUUUUGUAAAGAGGUGUGAAUCUGACAUGAUUCAAGUUUCAGGUGCGUGGGUAACGAGUGCUUUUGGUACUAUUCACUAUUAUAAAAAUAUCCUACCAUAAGAAAACCUAAAUUUGCAAAGCAUUUUUUUAAGUUUAAGUUGUUCGAGUGACAAGUGUUUGUUAUGAUCAUCAUGGCACCAUUUUAAAAAUAACUUGUG